AACGCUGUGGGGUCCGGGCCUGCUGCGGCGGCGCGGCCGGUUGAGGCCGGGCUCGGCCCGGCCCGCGACGGCUGGCCGCCGACGAGCGCGCUCGCGCUUCUCGUCAAAAUGGCGGCGGUGUCGAUUGCGGCGACGGGCAUGAGCCUUCCGCGAUUCGAUCCCGCAGCCAAAAGCUGCUCGCUCGCCAUCGCGGCCGCAGCUGUUGAGCUCUCUAGAAGACUGGUGCCUGAUAUGCUGCCUCCCUGCGGUUGCUGCCGGCGAGCCUGGCGGACCAUCGGGUCCUUCAGCCACCAAAGCGAGAUCACCCGAGAGCAGCUGAGUCUGCCUCUGGCCUCGCCUCCCUCUCCUCCAGGCAUUCGUGGCAUCCUAUGGGUCGUCCAGAGUAUCGACCUCUGGCUUUACAGCGAUCGCCACCUCGCUGGCCUCUCCGCAAGGCCCCCCGACCGCGUCGAACUCAUCGGCGCGGGCUCUCUUGGCUCCGCCUACGGGACCGGCCCCAGCUUCGGCUGA